UGGUGUUUGCGGAAGUGGGUGCAGUGUCAAGCUUCACCUCAGCAAGAAGAGCAGCUGUUUCUCAGCGCUAUUUACAAAAAAGCUCCUUUUGGCGUCCUCAAACCGAAGCUUUUUUCCUCUCCAAACAAGCGUGGAAAAACCAACCGAGCACCUGCUAGACCGUCGCACCUAACUCCUGACAACAUAAAGAGUGACUUAUUAACGUGGAGUGGUAUUAAGUUGUGUUUGUAUGGACUGAGAGGCAGAUGUCUCUCUUCAAGACUCACUGUUUUCUCUGCUGCUCUUGUCUGGAUCUCGCAUCAAACUGAUCUGUCGACAUGGUUAUCUUUCCCACCAUAUUCAAAGUGAUGCGGAGGGGGAAGUUUCUGCUACUUCUGGUGUUGUGUCUGUGCAUUUUAGCAUGGAAAGCAGCAAUUUCCAGCGACGAUGUGGUUAAAGAGAGUCCGUUUGAAAACGUAAAUACCAUCGAGGAGGCUCCGGGACGAGAGCUUGAAUCAGAGAUGAUACCGAGCAUAGAGGAGAAAACCCUCAAAAAGAGCUGUCCGGAGCGUUCCCCUCUGCUCCGAGGCUCUCUCGAGCUGUCAUUCAAGCCCUCUGUGACGCUGGAGCAGGUAGAGCACGAGAACCAGGAGGUCGUGGGGGGUCAGUAUAACCCUGCCGACUGUGCCGCCCGACAGAGCGUUGCCAUCCUUAUUCCGUACAGAAACAGAGAAAAGCACCUGCUCUACUUCCUCUAUCACCUUCACCCUUUCUUACAGAGACAGCAGCUUCAUUAUGCCAUCUACGUCAUUCAUCAGGCUGGAGAUGUGACGUUUAACAGAGCAAAGUUGUUAAAUGUUGGUUAUCUAGAGGCUCUUAAGGAUUACAACUGGGACUGUUUUAUAUUCCACGAUGUGGAUCUCAUCCCUGAGAAUGAUGAGAACUUAUACGUCUGCGAGGAACAGCCCAAACAUCUAGUGGUGGGGAGGAAUUCCACCGGCUACAGGCUGAAAUAUAAAGGGUACUUUGGUGGCGUUUCAGCAAUGACAAAGGAUCAGUUCCACCUGGUGAACGGCUUUUCAAACACAUACUGGGGCUGGGGCGGAGAGGACGAUGACCUCCGAAUAAGGAUACAGCUACAGAGAAUGACAAUAGUGCGGCCCCCUGCAGAGGUAGCGCGUUAUACAAUGGUCUUUCACAAGAGAGACAGUGGAAAUCAAGUGAAUAAAGACAGGAUGCUUCUGUUACGCCGGACUCCUCAGACGUGGAAGAAGGACGGUUUGAAUUCCUGUUCAUACAACAUUCUGUCCGUCAACAGACAACCUCUCUACAUCAACAUCACCGCAGACAUCGGCCAGCUCGAGAAUGCUCAUUGAGCCGUGCGUGUGCGAUAGUCCAGAGACAGUUUGUAUUGAAACACACAGGGAGGGAAUCUUCCUCUAGCGUUCACAAGUGCCUUUCAGAUUCAGAUUGUGGCCUGCACCUGAUUUUAAAAUCUCUCAGAAGUUCAGACUGCUGUCACAGGUCCAGAUGAUGUGUGUUUAUCUCAUCUUAGAAUGUUAUUAAAUAUCUGCAGAUGUGGAAAAAAAAGGCGAUUAUUUUUUACUGAAUGUGACCCGAGUUAAAUGUGAAGGGGGUUUGCUCAACCGGUCUGAAUUCAGCUCAGUUUGUUACAGGUCUGGUGGACUUGUGCCGGUUGCACCAGCUGUGUAUAAACUUCAACUUUGAUUAGAAUUGCCACAAAGGGAAUUAAGUUACAAUUUACACUCUGAAUUCCACCAGUGAAUUUAACGUAACGUCUAAACUAAAUAUUUGCAGAAGCCUCCUGUCAGGAGUCACAGUUGAAAUAAAAUAGCAGAUUCACUUAACUAAAUUGAUGAAACACAAUCAAUAAACUCAUCAGUCAUAAAAAAUCAGUAAUUUUUAUCAGUGUUUAUUUAUUUUGCGACUAUUAUUUACAUAUAUAAAUACCGAUUGUGUUUAUAAUGAUUAAACUAUAACUGAUAAACAUAACUUCUCAUGAAUUUAUAGGCUUUUAAUGGAUUAUUGAAGGUAAAAAUUAUAUUGUAUGACUACGCAUUACUUUACUGUGAGCAGACGACCUGCUAGUUGUGUUAAAUGAUGUUGUUAUUAAGCAUUAUCAAUAAUGGGGCCACAGAAAUAAGUCAUUUAUAAACUAGGUAAGCCUGGUUUUACGUUCUAAUUUAGGAGCUUAUAUGAAUGGCUGGUGCAACCCUCUCCUGAUGUCUUGAAUCAGUUUCUUUUGAAAUUUUAUACGGGAAUGAAUCAUAUCAGUUGAUUUUUGUUUUGGUGAAGUGUAUUUGUUGGUGCGGCUUGUGUUGUUUUUUAUUGUUCUCUCACAGUAUCGGUUGGUGUUACUGUACCGGAUCAAUAUUAGCUUAUAUUCUUAUCCUUUUUUUUAAUUAAAUUAAACCAUUGAAAUGUGAAAUGGGACCAAGAUGACCAGGACUGAGGUAGAAGAUGCUUAAUAUAUUAUUUCAAGGUUUAGUAUGUUUUGACAGUUUUGUGUUUCUAGUUUUUAGAACGAUCCAUCAAAUAUAAAUGCAUCAUUCCAAGAGAAAUGAAAUGUAUAUAAAAUAAUUUGAUGCAAAUGUGAUGUUUAUUGUGGAGUUCACUCAUGUCUGAACUGUGCAACUCUCUUUAAAAAAAACACUGGAACUUG